AUGCACUUUAAACAAUAUGAUCUCACGUCAAUUAUUGAUGGAACUAAAAUUUGUCCGAUCGCUGUAAAGGGCGAUGAUAGUGCGGAAGAGCACGUGAAGAAGGUGGCUGAAUGGCGGCGUGAUAACGUUAAGGCAGCCGCGCUUAUUGCAAGUACGUUGAGCGCUUCUGUAGCCGAUUUAUUGGUGACGUACUCGAAUGCAAAGGACAUUUGGGACAAAUUAAUUAGUGUUUUUGAGCAAAGCAGUAUUCAGAGACUUAACUUAUUGAUGACACAAUUUUUUCAAGUCGGUAGAGAUACUAAUGACAAUGUUGCUACACAUGCAGCUAAAGCUGAAAGAAUCUACACAGAUAUGAACGGUGAAUUAAAUCGUAUAAGAUCAAGUAAUAUUCCAGAAGAAUUAUUGCAUGGCAAAAUAUUGCUUACUGUGGGUCCAAAAGUCCAGGAAUUCAGCAAUGUUUGGGAGUCUCUAGACUGUGAUAAACGAACAACCAGGAAUCUUGUUGAAAAAUUUUGUACAAUUGAACAACGUGUUAAAUCUAAUGCUGCUUCGGAUUAUGGUGCAUUUGCAGCUCGUGUGCCUGGUUUUAACUAA